GUUUGGCGGCUGCGGUUCUGUCCUUCCUGUUCAUCAAGAGCCCCCCGGCCUCAUUUGCACGUCUGGUAUCGCCAAGGAACGGUGCAUUCAAUUGCUCAAAGACUUUUACGAACAGGAAAAUCCAGGCGCACCGCCUGAAAAAAGAAAGGCAAAAUCCAGUGGUCCUAAUUCACAAGCCCCGAAAACCUGGACUGAACCCUGAACUGGUCAUCUCCGAAAAAUGAUGACCGGAUCUUCCUCAAUCCUUGCGCAACUGCCUAUUUUUUUUUCGAUUUUUUUAGGUGUACUGCCAAAAUCAGCUAUUUGUCAUAUAACCACCAACACUUCGUCUUUCUCGUCGCGCCUCGAUGAAUUCGUUUGAAUCUGCUCUAGCUCUGCUCACCCUGUUUCUAUUAAUUGAAUUCAAUACCAGCCUUAGCGAAAAAGAAUAUACUAUUCUCAUACCGACUACUGAAUUGUUCAACCAGAGCGCAAAUUUCGAAGAAUCAAAAAUAUAUCGUAUCGAUCAACUAGACCCACUCGAACAAUAUGAAAUCCGAGUUUCUUGGCCCUGUUACAGUCCAGUCUUUAUAACGCUGCAAUUAGUGUGCGCCAAUGAAGAUACGGAUCACUCUCGAAAUCUCACUAGAAUAAACACAAGAGAGAUUCUAAACACAGAAAAGUUCAUAUUUGAAACAAACUCAAAUAGACAGGUUCUUAACUGCCUGGAUUACGAAGAGAUUUCACCUGAGAUUCUCAAGAUUUUAGACCCUAAAAAAUUGGGCCAGCAAGAGACCUAUUUGGUUUUAAAUGCAGUGCCUAAUAGUGUCGCAUCUGACGGAAGCGUUCGACAAGAAGAGUUUUCUUUCAAUCUUGUAAUUGAACCCCUGAGAAUAGGCUUGUCUAUCAGGGCAAUCAAAACUGCUAUGUACACCAUAUUAGCAUUAAUACUUGCAGUCUUAGCAGCUCGAGUCUUUCUUCGCCGAUACAGAAAAAUGCACCCUUCGAAAAUCAAAGAUUAAAAAUAUGUUUAUUGUCACCAUA